AUGACCGUUGGUGGGAUUCCGGAUCAGAUCUCUGAACAUGCUGAGAUGAUUUGCCACGUGGCCAUAGGAAUGAUGUGGGAAGCUCGAUCAGUGCCGGAACCAGUGAAUAAAAAACCUCUUCAAGUUCGAAUCGGAAUCCAUUCAGGACCUCUUAUAGCCGGUGUGGUGGCCGUAAAGAUGCCCAGGUAUUGCCUGUUUGGUGACACCGUCAGCACAGCGUCAUUGAUGGAAACGAAUGGCCUGCCCGGAAAGAUCCACUUGGGAAUCACUGGCUUACCUGCAUUCUCCCUGACUUGUUUUCAGACAUUCAAAAUUGCAAAUUCUACUGGACGUUUCGAGUUUGAUUGCCGGGGAAGCGUAUACAUCAAGGGGAAGGGAGAGAUGGUCACUCACUUUCUGCGGAAGAGCACCAAGAAGAGCAUAUGGGAAAUCAUCGACAGAGAGCGAGAUGUCAAUAAAAACUCCAUCGACGGAUACGAGGAACUCGAGACGGGCAUGCCUUACUCCGAACCACAUCAGACUAUUAUACAGCCAGUGACGGCUACUACAUCAAAAACUUGCACAAUUUCAUAA